AUGCCAACGAAUAAAAUGCGAGAGCGAGGGCGGCGGUGGGGUAGAAUCGAACGAGGUACGGUACGUACCGAGAGCGUUUCAGAAAUCGCGUUGCAGAAGGCGCCGAAGCCGGAUUGCGCGGGAGGACUCUGCGGCGGAGAGCCGCUCGGGCGGUCCAUAGCGCGGUGUGCCCCGGCGGUCGGCGGAGCACUGCCGCCGCAGCCCGCGCACGCCGCGCCGCCCAGCGUUACA